AUGAUGCAGGAUAAUCGUGCGUCCAUGUGGGUAAACAAGUCAAUUUAUUGGGUUGGGCCUCCGCCUCACCAGGUGUUGAUAUCUCGAAGCAUCGCGGAACGCCUUGAAUCUGCGCACGCUCUGGAUCAAUAUCGCUUUUCGCUAUUGAACCACACAGUACACUUGGAAUUAUCGCAUUUAGAGGCGCAGAUGAUUGCCCUGAGGAAGUGCCACAGGCAACAGAAAAGGCGCAACGGUACGCGGUCUAAGGCACUUGUUCGAGACGACAUGAGGUCAAUUCAGCCCUUCUCAUUCAGUGCUAGAGCACAACCUCUAAACGUCGCUGAAACGCAACGAGAAAUCCAACGCAAGAUAGACUAUCUCAGAGAGCUGCUGGUGGAGAUGGACACCCAAUGUCAAAAAGUGGAUGAGCAGUACCACGCUUUGGCCGUAGAACUGAGCAUUGCCGGAACUCAUACGCGCCCUUUAGACGAAAGGGGAGCAGCGCGGAUGGAUUGUCGUCUUAACGAGAUCCGAGUUGUCAUUCGAAAGAAGAGUGAAGAGCAGGACUUUGUUAUAGAAGAAAUGAACAACAUGGGGAAUUUCUCGUCAAGCCUGGGAAAUAAUCUUGUGCCCUCUACUCCGGAUACUUUCGUUGAAGUGCGCAGCAAGAAAGAAGCAGAUGAGUUCUUAUAUAGUAUCGGCCCUAUUGAGAAAUUUAGAGCCAACCGCUUGAAAGAAGAUGCCAAGCGCCAUCAGAACUGA